AUAACAGUUCUUUUACAUAUAACAAUUUCGAAAUACGACAUUUAAAAUGUUAUAAUUUUAGUUCUACAUAGAUGGCACGUUGCAACGUGUCCUGAGAGAAGCAGCCGACAAAACACAGUCACUAUAUGUACAUAAUCAUUAACGAAUGUUUUGUUAGGUUACAUUAUACAAAUUGUACGUUUAUACUGUCAAAAAUACGAUAAUGUUGGGGAAAAUUAAAACAAAGCAAGAAAAAGGAGAAAUUAUUGCAUACAGUGAAGCAGCCGUUGUAAAUAAUGCUGCUGUUGUGGAGUAUUGUAGGAUAUCAAUGGCAGCUUUGUCGGGUGGUACAGCUGGUUUAUUAGGGUUAACAGGUCUAUAUGGUUUUGGAUUCUACAUUUUUGCAGUAUUUGGAUUAUGGGCAAUGUUACUGCUAAAAGCAGGAGGUCAAUGGAAGAAAUAUUUUAUAAGCAGACGAAAUCUUUUAACAAGUGGAUUUUUUGGAGGCCUAUUUACGUACGUAUUAUUCUGGACAUUUUUAUAUGGUAUGGUACAUGUCUACUGAUCCAAAGGAUAAUUAGUUUUAAGAAUUUAUGUUUUUUUAACUACAUAGGUGCAUUGUUGGUUAAUUAAAUAUAUCACAAGCAA